UACAUUGUAUAUAUAGUUAAUGUUUUUAUAGGAAGCUUCAUAAUCAAUUGUUUUCAAUUUCAACUACCCCAUCAACAAUAUGUUAGCAAUAUCAUCACCUUCUUUGUUCUCAUCAAUUGGAUGGCCCUUUGAAGAGCCCAUAAGCCAUAACCAGCAUCAAAAUCACUUCUUCAGAGACACUUCUGAUCAAUUAUUUCACUUUCAUCAUCAACUUGACCCCGAAAAUAAUUCAACUGAUCCAUCACAGGCUACUAGUAGCGACCUUAACAUGGUGAAGAAGCUCGUUCAUAACGCUAGUGAGCGCGAUCGUCGCAAGAAGAUCAAUAAUUUGUAUUCUUCACUUCGUUCACUUCUUCCAUUGUCCGAUCAAAUGAAGAAGUUGAGCAUUCCAUUAACAAUUUCAAGAGUCUUGAAAUACAUACCGGAGUUACAGAAACAUGUGGAAGGACUGAUUAAGAGAAAGGAAGAGAUCUUAUUCAAACUCUCACCGAAACGAGAUAAUCAUGAGGUGAAGAAUCAUGGUCACAACUCAGGUUUUGUGGUUUCAAGUUGUAGGCUCAAUGAUAGUGAAGUUAGUAUUCAGAUUUCAUGUUACACUCUCCACAUGGUUCCACUAUCUGAGAUCUUGUUCUAUUUUGAAAAUGAUGGGUUUCUGCUUCUAAAUGUUUCUUCCUCUGAGACAUUUGGAGGAAGAGUCUUCUAUAAUUUGCAUUACCAGAUGGAUAAAACAAAGAGAUUAGAAUCAGAUGAUAUAAAUGAGAAGCUCUUAUCAAUAAUGGAGAAGGAGGGGAAGUUUCAUGUCAAUAAAAGUUAGUUACAUUGGUUUUCAUUUUUGAUGAUCAAAUGAACUCAUAUGUCCAUUUUAUAUGAUGUAUGAAAAAUUGUGUGUAUAAUUUAGCUCAUAUGUCCCUUCUAUUUAAGUCACAGUUAAUAUUAACUAGUAUUCAUGUAUUCAAUUUUUAUAUUUUAAAUUUUUUGUGGUUAUGUUAAUCUUUUUUCUAUUUACUAGUUUAUGUUAUUUUCUUAUUUUUGAUUUGGUUUCGAUUAGGUUGAGAGAGAGGUUAUUUGAGAGAUGGUUAAAAUUGAAAUCUUCUUGAACCUGUUAGAUGAGAAAAGAGAAUGGUUGCUAUCUCCUUCUUUUAUUCAACAAAGUAUAUAAUAAUUCCCUAUUUUCUUUAUCAUUAAAUUUGAAUAGUGUAUUUAUUAAAAAUAUAAUACGUGACAAUUUCUUGUUGUGUAUGUUUGUUAGAGAUUUUUAAGGUUAUUGCAGUGUUAGAGCAAACUUAGCAAGAGAUGAUGAAAAAGUAUGUACAUGGUGUUUAUGCACAAUGAAUUGGAUCUCUCUUGAGUUUUAAAGCUUAGAGCUUUCGGGUGUGGGAUAGGUGAGGAAAUCAAAUCCACUUCCUCCACAUAUUCUCCUUAAUUCCCUCAGUGAAUAGUGAUUCCUCCCGACUAAUAGGGAGAACGAUUUGUCACCCCCACUUUGAUGGUCUCUUUUGACUAAUAUGUGUGAUGUAACACCCUAAUUUUUCGAGUUUACUUUACUAAUAGGGUGUCAUAUAUUCUCAUCAUACAACAUUUUUAAAACUUAAAUUAUAAACAUUUUAAACAACAUUUCAUAGUCUCAAAUAGAAUUAGCUUCAAAUUUAAUGAAAUAUUAGUCUUAUAACAAUUUAACAAUAAGCAGAAUAAAGAAAUAAUGAUCACAUCCCAAGUGUUACACUAUCAAAACGACACCAAAUACUAAACAGAACGCAAAAAAUGAUAAACAAAGAAAGCACGAGUCAUCUUCCACUCAACAACAUCUAAGGCUUCUCAGUCUCUCUUGAGUAUCUCCAUCAUAGGUGUAAAGCUGACACAACAAGAAAAUAAAGGGGGUGAUAAUAUGCUCAAAAUAUGUAAGCGGU